GAGCCUAAACCUAAUGGGAGUCCCUCCCUGGAAGUCUGUGUCACGAGAGGACAAGGUCAGAAUCCGUUCACUGCAACCUUCCCACAGGGGCUGGGACACAGGCGGGAGGAGGGUGGCUUUGCCUGGACCCCAGAGCAGAUCCAGGGCCCUCUGAGCUGUGUUCUAUGCCCCGACCAGCUCCCCACUCAUCCUUGCAUUCCCACGUGUGCGUACCAGCCUCCUGUGAGAGUAGGUACAGAACAUAUUUGGAGGUCCUACCCCUGAUGGCGUCCCUAGAAGUAGAAGCCGGAAGCCCCCACUGUGCAGGUGGGGAGCCUGGGGAGGCCCUGAAAGGCACACGGUCUGUCCAGGUUCAUAGCCCUGGGCACGAGCAGGAACCCAGUCCGAACCCAGCUCUGUGUCCUCACCGUGGGGACACUGGCUGCCCUCAGGCCUCGCAGGUGCUGUGGGUGGGCUGUGUGGGUGUCACUGUAUGGAUGGGGCAUGGAGUAGAGGGUGAGCAUUGAGCACCUGGGGGAGGGGGCCCCUCGGGGGGGCUCUUGUGUGAGGAGGAAGUGGUUGGUAAGCAGACCCCAGGCAGUGGUGACCUCACUUUCCUCACAACAGAGCCCAACAGAAUUUGGAACCCAGGUAACCAGGCACCCACAUUCCAGAGACAGCCCCCUGCCCAGCUCAUUUUGUUGCAGAUCUUUGAACAAGCAACAUGUUCUUAUGUUGCGUCCCUAUGUCCAGAGGCUGCAAGCUGAAGAAAGCAUGCCCUGCAAACACUUUCCCUCAAUGGGGAUGUUGUCGUAGGGCUCCCCGAUGGCUCUGGCCAUUUGGCCAAAAGAAGAGAAAGAACACUGGUGAUGAUGAAAUAGGAAGGAGGCUGGCGGACACCCACUCCAUCUCCCUGACAAAGAGAGUGACUGUACCGGGCUUUGCGGGAGCAGGGACUGGGGACUCCGUGGGAAGGCCUCUGACACUGCCCAGGUGUCUACACCACCUCGUAGUCCAGGAGCCGGAGCCCAUGGAGGCCGAGCCUGAGGCUGCUCCAUCGGAGGAGCCAGAGCUGGCCCCACCUGCAUCCACAGCUCCUGAGGCGGGGAUGGUGCCUGCAGGGACUUCAGCUGGAGACCAGGAGCCAGCAGCUGACCGGGCACCUGCCCACAGCGAGGCUGACUCUGUCCAGGAAGAGCUGGCGUCUGCCCCUGCCCCUGGGCCUCCUGACCCUGUCCCAACCCCUGCCCCUACUCCUACUCCGGUGGGGCUCCCAGAGCCCCAUCCAAAGCCCACAGCCCUGCUCCUAGAACAGUUACCCGUUGUUCCAUCCCCCGAUCUUGACGACCUGCAGGAAUGUUUUGUCCCUGACAUGUACAUUUUUCCUUUCUGCUACAUAAUGAUUGUUAUUUUAUCUUUCCGUGUUCUAUAUACUAUUUAUCAUUUGUUUUAA